AGUUGCAGGAGGUUCGCGCUCUCCUCGACCGCCUCCGUCCAUUUCGGUCGUUGCUUUGGCUUUCUCCAUCUCAACCGCAUGUACUGACGCCCUUUCGUUCUUUUGCUGCACCGGUCCUGCAGGUAUGCUCGUGUCUCUCUGCUCGCCGUUCUGCCUCACUGAAGCCUUCCAUGCCUCCAGCUUUCGUUCUUUACCUUCUGGGAUUGUAUCUCAGCCUUUGAUACGGUUCUCGGCCGAUCUAUCGGUUUGGAGACUAGCAUUCUUGUCCUUUGCUCUCCCGUCCUCGUAUUUUAGCUGCAGGACUCGUGCCCGGGGGUUACUUCGUUAAUUGUGCUUGACGCUGUCAUUCAUUUCCGACACUCAUUUGAACCGGCCUCGUAAGAAGUGUUGGGAUUCCCAGUAUGGGCUUAAGUCGUAAUGCAUCUGUCGAAGCAAUCCUCGCCGAAAUUCCUUUCUUUGCAGUUGGCUUGCUAGCUUUCGGUACAUUCACAUUUUUUCUCGUUAUGAAGGCUCUGAAUCGCUGGGUAUUCGCCUUGCAUGCGUCUGUUUUUCUGGCUUUCGUUGGGGCUAUCUUUGACCUCUCUGAUGUUCUGUCGCACGGCUCCCCGUUCAGGAAGAAAGUUCAGCCGUUUAAUUUGGGAGGCCUGCAAACCACACGAGAGAUCUUGUAUGCACUAUCCGUUGGCAUGCUGUUCACUUUUCUAUGGGGUCUAGUCGCGGAACCUCCUCCCGGAGAACGCGAAAGAGACGAAAAUAACAUGCAUGCAGGUAGCUGGGACAAAUGGGGUGUCGUUGGCAUGUCCCUCAAAUGGAGUCUGGCAGCUUGCAUUGUUGCAAUAACUGUGUUGCAGCUUCUGUACAGGCUUGUAUCGUUUCUGCAUCAAUUUGGACCGGUCUAUGAAGUGGAAUGCACCAUCAGAAUCGUCGUCUCCGCGGUGCUAGUGCUCAAGAUUCUGUUGAACACCUAUCUGGCUGUUCUCUCCUCAUCCAGAGACGGCAUUCCUCGAUGGAUCAUUUUGCGCGACUAUUCGCCGGUGGUAGCUGCAAUCCUCCUAGGUAUGGCUCUUGCUAUCGGCGACAUAAUACAAUUUAUGUUCUCUGCAACCGUCCUGGGCACAUUUUUGCAAGCGAUCGAGUUCUACAUAUUGAUCGUAUAUGUUCUCAUCACGGCAUUCUAUUAUGCUCGCAACUCGCCACCCGCUACUGGAAAGCGCAACAUUAAUCGCUCUUCGUCGUUCCGGGGCCUGCCACCUAUCUCUCAACGGGAAUCCUUUUUCCGCAUCUCCCCUGUACAGGUGCCUGUUAUUUCGGUUUCUGAGCCUGACUUCCUUUCAAUGGGACCCUCAGAUAAGACUCAGCAGUUGAAAGAUCAAUCUCGAAGACCAUCUUUCAUCAAUACUAGCGGGGGCUCGGUAGCGUCACGAAUGUCUGCAUGGCUAGCACCCCGCGCUCUUACCUCACGCAUACCUAGCUUUUCGUCGGCCAGUCCCAGUCCCAGCCCCGAUGUCGACAGACUUUGGGAUCAGGAUGAUGCCGAACGUGGGAUAUCACCUACACAAAUUGGAACAGGAACUGCAGUAGAGUUCGAGGUGAAGGGCUCCCGUGGCUCGUUUGAUAGUCCCAUGGAACCCAAGGAGAGUGCAAAGUGGCAGGAUCCGAUGUUCACUAGGGUGCUUAGGGAAUCCAAUUCCAAUGGUAACCUAUCCAGCGCCACGUACACCCAGUCUUUCUCAAACGUUGCACCUUUGGCUAUCCCGCAACGAGUUUUCUCUCGGCCGAUGACACCGAUCUCAGGGACAGACUCUCCUAUAUACGGUCUUACAGGCAUCGUCCAACCUCGUCCACCCCCAACUGCAUACGCCGACAUCAACGAUUCUCGCCCCGUAUCACAAGCAGAUGGCGAUGGGAACAUGUCUCGCACGACGUCGAUUUCUUACCUUUUCCGUGAACAAGCGGAGUUAGACAAAACUAUCGCGUCGUUGAAGUUACUCUCACGUCCUGAAGAAGAUGAUGCGAAGCCCUCUUCUGCUGUUCAGAGCGAGUUCUCACUUAGCAACUUCCCUGCACCUCCUUGGGGACGGGGAAGCGUUGCUGAAAGUGUCGCGGGUGCAAUGACGCCCACGCCCCCACUUGUAACAGUGGAACAGGCCGACCCGGUGCUGGGGACUGGCAUCAUCCAGGAUGAGAUGGAGGAAUUGUCAGAUUCGGAACUAUCCCCGCCCAGAAUGCCUGCGGCUGCAGCAGAACAUGGAAGAACAUUGUCUGUGCCCUACUCGGAUGAUGGUGAUUCAUUGGCUGGAGGACGUCGGGCAAGGAUGGAUUCAGAAGGGACACAGUAUGAAAUCACAUCUUUCAUAGGCGGUUCAGCUGUGUCUCUAGGCUCAGUCCCAUCUGAUAACGCUUCUGAUAACCCAUCAAGGAAUCCGCCACUCAGCACAUCCCCACAGAACUCUGCAACCUUACUCGCUGUCCCUUCUCGGACUGGUACCCCUGCCUCAUCACUCCCUAGGCUGAAAAUACCGUCUGCUGGAGGACAAGCAACAACAAUCUCAGGACUCUCUAUUUCCCGUCCGAUUAUCGGUCUUCCCCCGAGGCCACGGCUGGGUACACGCGGGAAUUUGAGUCCUCUGGUAGAGAGAUUGUCACCGAAAGAUGAAUUCGAACGCCCGAGACCUGCGCCCUCGCCGGCCACAUCCUCUAGAGCUGCGUCGCCAUAACACUGGAUUGUUAUGAAUUUCAACUUUGUUACCUUGUGCUUUUCGGGUUUCGCUGUCAGUUUCGUUUCCCCGCUGAAGCUUUGUAUUACUGUACUGUUUGUGGUAUUUGUUGAUUGUCCGUGUAUCGACUGACUGCAGGCUAUAUUGCUAUUAUGCAGACAUGUGUACUUUUACUGUUAUCUCCACAAAGCCUUUGCCAAACAUUGUCAAACAACCUCGCUGAACACCACUGAACG